CUUCACUGUCAGUUAGUGUGCGGGUGACAGACAACAGCGGUGAGCCUCCAAAUCUAAGCUCCAAGUGUAAACUAUGGAAGAGAUUAACAACAUUGAAGUGGUUCCGUGCACAGAGUCUGACUAUCUAAAGCCGUUCAGGGUGCACUAUAGCCAGUUGGCAUACAACUUCACACGGUAGUGCUGGAGACAGACUGGCAGACAACCCUUCCUUCAGUAGCAGCUGAAGUAGUUGACAUUCACAACACUUUAUAAGGAAUAUUGAGAGAAUGGCACAAAGAAAUCGUGGGACUUCAUGCGGACCCAUGACAGUGUAUCUGUGCUGAUCUUCAACACCACCUCACACUGUUUUGUCCUCGUCAAACAGUUCCGUCCAGCUGUAUACAUGUGUGAAUGGGAAAAGGCCAAGACGCAGCCACCAAAGUCUGCUGAAAAAACCGAGGAGGGCGCUGCAGAAGCUGCGACGGAGUCUCAGCAGGGCCAGUCAGCCUCAGAAGGGGAGAGCUCUUCUCAGUGGCUGCCUGCCUCUGCGGGGGUCACCUACGAGCUCUGCGCUGGCCUGGUGGACAAACCUGACCUCUCUCUGGAGGAGAUCGCCCGCCAGGAGGUGCUGGAAGAGUGUGGCUACGAUGUGCCAGCUUCCAAGCUGAAGAAGAUUACUUCUUACAGGUCGGGUGUAGGUGUAACUGGUGCCAAGCAGACCAUGUUUUACGCUGAGGUGUCUGAUGACAACUGCGUCAGCCCAGGUGGAGGUGAGCCAAAGGAGGGAGAGCUUAUCGAGGUGGUCAAAGUCCCGCUGCACGAGGCCAUGACGUUUGCCUACGACGAGCGUAUUCCCAAAACCAUGGGCGUCAUUUUUAGUUUCAUCUGGUUCCAUAAUAACAUGUCUCCUAAGUACAAGAUCUCCACCAAUGUGUAACUAUUAUUAAAAUAAGCCCUCUUUCUACAAUUUAUUCCAGAUUAAAUCAAACACUGGCCCAGCACACUCACUCCUCCCCUUAAGGCUCUUCAUCCUGUAUUGCCUUUUUGCUUAUUGGUACAUGAUGAAGGGUGGGCCCCUUGUCUUGUUGCCAGCUGGUAUCUUUAAGGUUUGUCCUAUUAGCUUUUUUAAAAAGACAAGUGUUUUACGUGGUCCUAGUGUUUUUCCUAAAUACAAAUUUGCCAUAGCUGGUUGUCACUGGCACUUUUUCUCUUCUUUUUAUACGUAAAUCAUUCAUUUACUGUGCCAUUUGUUAUCAGUGGCUGCAUAUCACAGAUUUCAUUUGCCUGCCCUUAAUUAAAGGAAUGCUCCACUGUUUUUUUUAAUUUUGUUUUAAUGUAGAUAUUGAAUAAUAUCUACAUGUUAGUGUUUUUAAAACCAAAAUUUGGUCGAGAAAAAGGCCUUUAAUGUUCUUUAAACUUGUUUCCUCCAUUGCUAGUUGCUUUAGUAUAGAUAUUUAAAGCUCUAGUAUAUAUGAUUUCAUAAUACUGUAACAAUAUUGUAUUUUCUAUUAUUAUGUGGAAAUGCCUCAAAACCAGAAUGGAGGCCACUGAAAACCACUGUUCGACUUAAUUAAACCCAGUUUCAAAAUUAUUUGUGGUCAAUGCACUGUAUUUCCAUUUUCACACAUUUUCGCACAUGAUGAGAAGGCUUGCAAGUGAAAACAUUCCUCUUUCUCACCUCUGCUACAUUAAACGCGGCUGUCAGUAUUCAUGAUUAACCUCUAAUGUGCCGCUGGUUACCUUCAGUUUGCCAGCAUUUCCACUGAAAUCUUGAAAGCAUUUUUGCUUUCCUGAAAAAGUCUGAUGACUGUGACAAUGCAAAGCACAUAUACAGUAGCUACUUUUUGCACUGUUUAUAAUGUAAAGAUAGAUAGAUAGAUGAGGUUACAAAAAACAGUGGAGUAUUCCUUUAAUCCAUGAUCCAGUAAUGCAAAAACUAUACUAGUCAAUCAUGGGGCCUUGUAAUGAUUGGGGUAUUCAGGGAUGCCCCAUUUAAGUUCUGAAUCAUAGCCUUCAAGCAAUACUUACCUAAGUACUCCAGGCUGAACAAUCACGUAGUAUCGUUGAAAUCAGCCCUUAUCCUUUUCAUCAAAUUCUUCGCGAAGUCAAACCAGUUAACAUUAGCAAACACUUACCUCUGCUCAGAGGGCCUCAUUUUAAUUAACUCAAUUGCGCUGAAGCACGAUCCUGAUUAAAAGCAGCCUAUUUGUAGUUGGAAACACCUAAAUCCACUUCUGGUGACAUCUUCACACUGAUGUGCUACAGGCUUUUUCAAGCCUGUAGCACAUCAGUGGAGUCUCAGACAAACAACAGUUUGUUUCGUUUUUUAUUUUGUUUGUUUUUUAGAGUUUUGGAGGAACUCAAAUGUAUACUGUUGGGGAAAUGCUGUCUUAAGGCAGUAGCCUCUAUUUUUCUUAUUUUUGAAAUUGUUUAUUUUUUGCACACAGCACACAAUUAAUUAGAGAAAUGUUCAGAAAAUGUAACCCAUAUGAAAGUCUGAUUUUUAUAAUAAUUCAUUUGCAAAACUCACAUGCUGAAAACCAUUAAUGCACAAACCUGCUCUGUCUCUUAUUGUAUGCUUCUGUACACUACAUGCAAUUCACAAUGGGUACCUGCUGUAAACAUAACAUUUAUUAAAAGUUGAUUGGAGAAUGCUUUUCAGUUGUCAACUAUAGGCCUAGAGACUAGUCACCGAACUGUGUAUUCCCUGACCAGUUGGCGAGUGAUUUCUAGAUGAUGUUGGCUUUUUUGUGGUUGCUUUGUUCGCUAGCAAAUUGUUGCAGUCGCCCUUAGUGUUCAUGGAAGACACAGAGGUGAAAACACUAAUUGACCACCACGAAUCUGAGAAAGAAAAAGUGGACUACAUCGUGGACACUGGGAGUGGUUCCCUUCAAAGUAAAAGUUGUGCCUUACCGUUUACACCAAAAUGUUCCAAAAACCACAACUUUUACUCUGAAGACGAAGACUAUCAUUGGAUUCUUCACAGUUUCAGGACCAAUUUUCAAACAGUUUUCAGGUGUUGGCAAUAUAUUACGCACUGUAUACCUCUCUGUAGCCGAUUUCACCUCACAACUGGCAACAGCCUCUAGCAACCACUCGCCUACUGAUUAGGAAAUACCCAUUUUUCCCUAGUGACCAAUGAUUACCAACAAGCCACUGACUGGUCUCUUGUCAGCAGCCUAUAGAAACCUUAGCAGCCAGUGGUUGCUGGAGUGACCAGUGGUUGCCAGGCUCCUGCCAACCAGUCUCUUGACUUGUACGACUGGACCAUUAAUGGUUGAAGUGGAAGGAGCCAGUGAACAAUUUUCCACCAGUAGGAGCAGGAUAACAGUGUCAUCUGACACUGUUUGCUGCGCACUAUCUAGCAAAAAGCAACCUGUUUUUUGGGGGGGGUUUUUUAGGCAGUGGAUCUGCAUUCGUAGCUUGGGUUGUUUUAGUGUAGGCAAAACUAGUUUUAGGUCAGUGAUUUGUAACUUGUAAUGCUGCAGCUAUUGUGACAGUUUGAGUCACCUGCUACUAUAGUAGUUCUCUGAGUGAACAGCUUGCCAUGUUCAAGUUGAAAUGACAGUACCCUGUCUAACGUCACACCCUACACAAGUAGCUACUUGGUUUACUACAUCAAAAUGAAUAUUCAUAAGUAUCAGAAAAUGAGACGCACCUCUGAACUCACAAAGUGAUUCUCAACAGCAGUUUCUUAAAAUCUCAGGUCCAAAUAGUCCAAUCUUUGAUUAUAUUCAGAGUGGAUCUCUGAAUGUGAUGAUGACCAGCAUGUCUGUUACUAUAUUUUCACAUUUCAAAAUCACUUGCAGCUUCACUAACUAGGCAAGAAAGUUAUUACUAAUACUAUAAAAUGUUAGUGUUUUUCUUCACUCAAAAAGGGCUGGUACAUCAUUUAUUAUUUAAUAUGUGAGGAAGAGAACCACCCCACCUUGUAGUUUUGUUAACAAAAAGUACAUAUAUAGAUAUACAAAAACCGAAGCAAAGCCAAUACUGUCUUAAAAAAUUCACCUUCAAUGACACAUUUCAUUAUAUUAACAUUAGUACAGUAAUAAUAAUAAGAGAACUACACUUUGAAACACCCAUUAAUAAAGCUGAAAUCCUUAUGGUGCACCUGCAGAAAUGUUUUUUUUUAACUUCAGAAAUGCAAUGAAUGAGUACAGAUAGUGACAACAAGGUUAAAGUAAUGCAGCGUAAUAUAACAGUAAAUCCUAUAUUAUAUAGAGCCACAUUUCUGUACUUAUCUGUGUAGUUUGGGUGGAGAAAAUAAUACUACUACUAGCAUUACAGAUAACAUUGUCCAAAAUCAGCACCUCUCUGAAAGAAGAGCACUUUUAUAUUACACUUCAUUAACUUAAGCAAGGUUUAGCAGCCAGGUGUGCAUAUGAGUAAAUACUCUAGGUUAAUAUGAACAAUCAGUCUAGCAUUUUUUUUAAUGCUUUUCAAGCACCAAGAACAGCUGACAAUCAAAAGUUCAACAUUGAUUUUUCUUUAAACCUGAUGCUUCUUAUUCACUUGGUUUAUGUCUAUGUUUGUGAUGCUCUUCUCCUCUACAUACUAAGAAAUCCAGCAAAGAGAAGAGCAUAACUUUUGGGCAUAUCCCUAUAAGUUUGUCAUGGAGCCACCUGAAAUUCCGUCACCUGCACAGAUUAAAAAAAUCAAAGGUUGUAUUUUAUUCCACACACUGACGCAAACAUUUGGGGAGUAACUUCCACCCAAAUAGCUUAGAAAAAUAUGCAUAAUCCUAAAGCCAUAAAUAUAAUUUGUUGAGCUUCUUUGUCCUUCGUCGAACAUGGAUAAUUCCUCGAUGUGGGAUUGUAGAGUUUGCUCACACUGCUUGAAACAUUUGCUCAAUAGGUUCAUAUUUUCUCCAUCAAAUGCAUUGACUUUUGUGAGCGUGAUAUCGGGACACUUUGGAAAAAUGUGGAAAGCACCUUUGGAAAACCAUGAGAUUACUUAUUAGUCUUACACAUUGUACCCCUAACAAGACUGCUGUAUGCUGCCUGACCAAGACAAAUAUCGGUAUUUUUGCAUUGAUGACAACGUGCACUUGCCGUGGGCUUGUUUCUGUAAGGUUAGGGAAUAUCCCAACAUUUAUUUCCAUCCAGAGUUCUAUUAGGAUUUUGCAAAGGUUUCAUCAUUGAUGAUGGGUCAGACUGCUGUAUAAAGUCGUCUUCAGCAAAGAUUCUCAGUGUGGAUACAGCGCUCUCCAGUCUGCCGUACUCCUCAAACUUCCCAUUCCCAUUAAUGGGAAAAACCUAGUAAUUCAGCGCCUCACCCGUGCUCGAGGUUUCUUCCUGUUAAAUAAAAGGAGUUUUUCCUUCCCACUGUGGCCAAGUGCUUGCCCUUAGGGGACCUCUGUAUUAUUUUAGGUUCUUUACCUUAUCUUACCUCAAGCAACUUGAGGCCACCAAUGUUGUGAUUUCCCAGUACAUAAAUUAAAUGGAAGUUAAUUGAGUUCAUUAUCUUCAGGUUGUCAGCUGACCUUUUUAUUGGGGCACGUAAUGUCCUCGAACCUAAACGGGACCAAUUGAGUUCUCAGUGUGCACUUAGAAAUAUUUACCUUCACUGUUAAACACAUCCUUGAUCUGUUUUAGUAGUUUCACCAUGUAGGCCAAUAAUUUGAAACGGACUAACGGCUUUUCCACAACCGCAGAAUAUCUUCAAACAUGGUUGCUUGAGAACUGCAUUGGUUAGUGUUGGAUAAUCUGUUGUCAGCAAAAACAUAUUAAUUACUGCAGUAAUUAUACAGUGGAAGGCUUUUAUGCGUUUCCUUAGUUAAAUCCAGAUGUGACUUGUUUUGGCCAGGCAGUGUAUUAUAUGUUGUAACAUCAUAAAUUGCUAUUAGCUUUCAGAAGUUACUCAACACUUCUGCAGUCUCUUUUCUCUCAUAUGACAAUCAUACAGCCCUUUGUUUUUUAGGUCAAAGUGGAUCUCAACACUUGUUUGGUUUACUGGAGAAGCUCAGUGAAGGGUUUCCAAUGGCGCUCACAGUUUUCCAUUGUCUUGUUCUCAUCUAGUAUUGUGGAGUAUAAUAGAAGUAUCACACUUGUGUCUAGAAAUAACUGAAAUGUGUUAGCCAUGAGGAUUCAAGGCUGGAAGAAAAAAAAACAAUUUUUAGAAAUGUGUUUUACCAGUGUUUGCUUCUGAUUUGGCUCAACGUAAAAGCCAUUUUAACUUUUUAAGGCCAGUCUGUAACUUUUAACGUGCCUGUCAAAAGUGAAGAGCUGCACAGUGACUUCUCUUUAGGCUGAAAUAGAUUUUUUUGUUUUGUUUUGUUUUGUUUUUUUGUUUCAGGCAAGUGAUUAUUUCCUAACACUUUCCCUUCAAGUUGUCAAGAGUAUUUGGUGGAUUUGCAGCAGCAUUAUGAGUCACUGACUGAAAAUAAAAGUACCGUCCAUGCGGGUGAAUAGCAGCUGCAAAGUGGGAAGGAUCGUGUCAGAUGUCUGCUAAUGUGAUUGAUUGGUGCAGAGAAUUCGGUUGCCAAAAGAAGCACAAACAAAGUGGUAGCACUUCAGGUUCAGCUGGUUCAGCCAGCUUCAGCCUGUAUUUGAGUUAUUUUAGUUUUGUUUAGCCUGUGGAGUCAAAACUUAUCACGUAUUCUGUGUUAUCAGGCCUGCUGUUAAUUUUGUACUUGGGAUUUUCUUCUCCAUUGAUUUUUUUUUUUUUUUAAUCAGCUUUUGUGUAAUCUUAUUUAGUUAGAAACAUCUGUGUGUUUCUGUGUUAAACACAACUGUUUUGAGUUUAAAGGCAAUCUUUGAGGUCUUUUUUUGCUGAUUCAACACUGGUGACUAACAUUAUUCUUGGAGACUUAUAGGAAAAGUUUCACAGCUUUGGAGGAAUGUGGUUAUUAGCCCCCCUUUUUUUUUUUUUUUAACGUUAUUCAAGUCGUUUUUGCUCAGUUUUUAACUACAGUCAUUGUGUCUUUGGCUCCAGCACCUUCAAACCGUGUACCUGAAUGCCACAAAGACGGAGCAUUUACUGCUACAGCUACUCUGCUAGAUGUACUGGUUGCGUUGUGCUCUCUGUGUAGACACUCAGUUAGCUUUGGCUUGCUGAUAACUGCUGGCUGCAGCUCAACUUCACUGUGCCGGCGCCACGGUGUCAAAAAAGCAAAUAAGCACGUUUCGUCCGUUAACUGUCCCUUUAGGUCUACCAGUGCAACAAGCCUAACCUGCCCCUCUACGACAAAUCUAAACACAUUUUUGACAGUUUAGAGUGAGGUUGCAGACUGUGCUACAGGUAAGCCAUAUGCUACUUGUAUUUAAUAUACAGGAAAACUCAUAUUUAUGGUAAGCAAAUGACUGAGUAUUUCAUUCUUGCCUAUGCUGGAUUUUCAGCCAUUUGCCCAGCAUUUCUACCUCCAUCACUCAGGCACACAACAAAGAUGUUUUGUGUCCGUUUGCUUGACCCUAAGGUGUUGAAAUUCUCAAAAACAGAUCAGUAACGUGGGGUCCCAGUGGUUCCCUGUCACAAAAUACUUCAUUCAUCAGUACUUUUAUAGCUGUACCCUGCCCCCAUGGCUAUGCUGUAAUUGCUUCUUCAACUGUGAUUGUUUUUUUGUUUUCUUUUGUUAAUGGUUCGUGCACUGUUUGACAGUCUCUUACUGUAUUUUUUGAUGAUCUGAACAGCAGAAAAUAAAUUUAAAGGUGCUAUGUGUAGUAUUGAGUUAUUGAAGAAGGUGUAGUACUGUUAAUGAUUUUGUAUUAAGUCCAAGACUAAGUCACUUUUGCUUCUUAAUUAGCAGACUGGUAGCUGAAUAUUCGGAAGCAACAGAGGCAAUGAAGGAGCUCAAAGUGACUGUAUGUUGUAGCACAUGUUAUUCUAUUAGGCAGUGAAAAUCCUACACAUACUACCUUUAAGUGAGCGAAGUACUCUGAUUUUUCUUAUGAUAAAGACAUAAAGAAAUUUGUCCAGUUGUGAUUUUUUUUUUUUUCCCCCUUUCUGGUGUCUUAAACUGAAUUUGUGUUUUUAAGAAAAUAUUUUCAGAAAAAGGUACAGGUAUGAACAUUGCAUAUUUAUGAAUUUAUCAUGUAUUUUAUGCUUUAUUAAAAUGUGUAUACUCAUUGUGGGCAGUGUUUUUAGUAAUGUUUCGAUUUUGUUAAUUUAUUACCUAAAUGUUAAAAUAUUUAACUUUCAAAACAUGACACUUGGUACAAACAUACAGGAUAUAUUUAAAUAUGAUACUUUGCAUGUGCACUGUGUUGGAUUAAAUUGCAUUAAAUUCAAAUAAAAAUGGGUUUGAUGCCCAAAGUGU